UUGUUGCGUCAGAAAGUCGAAAGAAACUGAACAACAGUCGGUGCGUCAGUCAGUCAGUCAGUCAGUCAGUCUGUUUUUCUGUCUGCGUGAAACAAUCAGGCAACCUGCGAAAACCAUAUCAGCUGUGAAUUUAUGUCAUUUCUUCAACCUUGUUCCUCCUGAAGUGAAAUUGAAUCUGAUUUGUUGAAGAUUUCAUAACUUUGUUUUCCCGCUUCUUGAGGGAAACGGAUGGAAGCGAACAACAAGCCUGAAGGUUCCAGGAUGAAGAUGAUGUCCAGCAUCCUGCUGCUCCUCAUCCUCAGCUCAUGUCUCUGUGCAACAUUUGUAGUGAAUGUGACACAGAGCAGCUAUCAGGCAGAGGAGAAGCAGAGCAUCACUCUGGAGUGGACCUUCACCACCGAACCCGACUCCUGCUUGAGCUUCGAGUUCAUGAUCUUCACAUUUAUAAACGACAACAAAAAAGUGUCCGUCUUGUUCCAUGAGCACGGUGGAGAGGAGGUGUCGCAGUCUCAGGAUCAACGCUUUGCAGGACGAGUCCAGAGUGAUAAAGAACUCCUCAAAGACGGUCGGAUUAAACUGCAUGUGUCCAGGCUGAGGAUCAACGACUCUGGACUGUAUUUGUGUGAAAUCCAGGCAGAUUGUGGCUUCGGCUCUGCAGCAUGUCGGCUGAUAGUCAGAGCUGAUGACAAACAACCUGAGAGUCCAACUGCGAAUCCUCCAAGAGAAAAUGGAGGAUUGAUUGCUUUCUUCGUUCUGCUGCUGUUAGCAGCAGCAGCAGCAGGAGCAGCUAUGUACUGUAAAAAACAAAAAAUACACUUUAACCAACUGUUACAAAGAUUCUGGAGGAACAAUGCACAGGACGAGACCAGAGUGACGAUGGACGCCUCUGAAACAAGAGUAAACAGAAUGUCAAAAUUCACACAGAAAUAUUAAAUAACAUUUCAACAGUUUAUCAGCAAAAGAGGUUUGAUUUAGUUAAACUUUUUAAGGUUUUAUUCUCAGUCUAAAAACCUUCAAGAUUCUAAAUUCAUUUUAAAUCAUUUAUUUCCUGCAGCUUCACAUUCAUUUUAUUGGUUUAGCGCAUUUCAGCAACACAGAAAUACAAAGAAGUAAUAAGAAACAUUUAACAAUUGAGAAGAACAGAAAUAAACAUCGCAUCCUGAUGAGUUCAAUCUCCAAACGUCUCAUGCUGACGAUAUUUAUUACAUUUCAUUGAUUAUGUUUCUAAAUCAGCUCUGAUCAGGUUAUUGGUCUGGAUUUAGAGGAACUCAGUGUUUCGGCUGUUUUGCAGUUUUCUGGAUGUUUAUUCCAGAUUUGUGGUGCAUAGAAGCUGAAUGCUGCUUGGUUUUAUUUAAAUGUGGAUUUGACUUCAUUUCUAGGCUCCGUUGACCUCAUGACCUCCACUGUCAGCAUGAAGGAUGACGACCGGCUGUCGCUUCCUGGAGUUGGUAUCGUCUUCUGGGCGACUUCCUGCUGUGACGUCUGAGUAUUUGGACCUGAACUGAACUGGAACCUGAACUGAAUCAGUGAACUGAAUCAGUGAACUGAAUCAGUGAAUCGUUCGCUGCUCCAGAUCAGAUCUUUCUUCACAUCGUUUAUCCUUCUGGAUUUUCUGGGGAAUUUUGAUUUCAUCAAGAUAAAAUUCUUCAGCAGAAAUCUUCUCCAUCGUGAAGAUUAGAUGUUCUCUGAAAUCGUUAGCUUCCUCUUUUUAUGACUGACUCCCAAUCAUUUCUCAGUAUUUAAUAUUGAUAAUAUCUAUUCUUAUUUUCUGUGAUUUAAAUAUGUAAUUUUUAACUGGUAUCCUAAACAGUAUUAAAAAGCUUCAGAUAAAACAGAAAUGUA